AUUUUUUAAUUUAAACUCGCUUGAAGCUUAGCUGCAAUAGAAAUCAAAUCAUUAAAAAUGAAACUGCAAUUAGUGCAUACUAUAAAUCUAGUAUUAAUAAUAAACUGUGUUAUCAUUGUUGCCAAAAAUAGUACUGAAAAUGAAAAGAAACUUGAUACGGAGCUAAAUCAAAGUAUAUUUGCUGAAGGAUUAUCCCAACUGAAUCUAGAUGACGAGCCAAAACGAAGGAUUAUUGGUCGUAAAGGUGUUUCGAUAAACACAACAGAACCAUCUAGCAAUGAAACACAGAUAUCUCAUUAUAAGACUACUCAUGACGAAUCAUCUCAUAGCUCAAAAGUUGAUAUUUCAACAAUUUCACCAAUCACCGUCCUUAAAAACAAUAUUACUAACAAUACUGUCGUUACAGUACUUAGUAAGAAUAAUGAAAGUGAUCAUACGAUUUUAGAUUCUCAUAAUAACACAGUUCCAACAAACUUAUCAUCUCCAACUGUAUCUAAUACUUCAAUAUCACUUAAUACAUCCAAAAUAAUAUCCACUACUUCAACAAUCAAUCCACUAUCUACAACAACAACAACAACAACAGUAGCAACGACAACUAAAUUGAUAUCAAGUUCAACAGCCAAAACCACACAGAAACCUAAAAAACCAGAAAUUACUUAUAGCGCUGAUGAUGACAUCCAAAUACGUGAGUCUGAGAAAAAUAUCAACUACAAUGUUGCAAAUGAAAAGUCUGAUGAAAUUCCAAAAGUUGAGCAGGACAUUGACAGGCAUAUGCUUAACGAGAAGCGUGCACAAAGCAGCUACAUGUUAUAUUUAGGUUUGGUCUUUGCUCUUCCAACAACAUUCGUACUGAUAAAUAUUGCAUAUAGACGAAUUAAAAAUUAUCUCGAAGUUCGACAUUAUACACGUGUCGACUUUCUCGUUGAUGGGAUGUACGUUAGUUAAAUCUUUAUCAAAAUUAUAUCCAUGUUAACAAGAAUUUAUUAAAUUAAUGAACGAUGAGAACUAUAAGAGAUUGGAUGAAUACUGGAAGAUGAUAAGUGCCUUGAAAGUACCAUACUACUUAAUACUUAUUACCAUCAAUCAAUUAACUACCUUCAAAAAGAAAUCCUCCUUCUGUUGUUGAAAACACAGUGAAAUUUGUUAAACGUUUUUGAUUCC